UGUCUUUCUCUGCAUAGUGAAUGGGAGCUACGGCCACUGCACUCCAGGCUCGGAGAAGAGCCUGCUGGACCUGGACCUUGCCGAAGGCCCUGGCCCCACCUGCCGCCAGGGCCUGUUUCUCCCUGCAGGAAGCCCACCACCCCGGGGUCACCCCCCAGCCUGUGAGAGGCUGCUGCAUUUCCCCCACCCCAGCAGGUCACCCAGGUCCCAGGCCGCGUAUGUGAACGGCAGUCUCCCGGCCACACAGCACAUCAAGCAGGAGUCCCUGCCCGACUACCGGGCCAUGGCGGAAGCUCGCGUGCCCCUGUCUGCCCACUGCCGGGCCCCGCCAGCCACAGGCCUGCACACGGACCUGGACCCCCCGGGCCGAGGCCUCGCCAACCCCGCACCUUCCUGCUACCUUCUGGGCAGUGAACCCAGCUCUGGCCUGGGCCCCCCACCCGAGGCCCACCUCCCUGAGGGAGGCCUGAAGCGCUGCUGCCUCUUGGGCCUGCCCCCCACCUCCUCGGCCUCCGCCUCCCCCUGUGCCUCCUCCGACAUCACCUCCAUCGUCCGCGCCUCCCAGACAGCUCUGGUCACCUGCGUAAAUGGACUUCGGAGCCCCCCUCUGCCGGGAGACCUGGGGGGCCCUCCCAGGCGGGCCCGGUCCAGCCCUGCAUCCACCGAGAGCCACGAGGGCAGUUUGCAACUCGAAGCCUGCCGGAAAGCCAGCUUCCUGAAGCAGGAGCCGGCGGAUGAGUUCUCAGAGCUGUUCGGGCCUCACCAGCAGGGCCUGCCGCCCCCCUACCCCCUGUCUCAGCUGCCGCCCGGCCCAGGCCUCGGAGGCCUGGGGCUGGGCCUGGCGGGCAGGGGGGUGGCUGGGCGGCAGGCGUGCCGUUGGGUGGACUGCUGUGCAGCCUACGAGCAGCAGGAGGAGCUGGUGCGGCACAUCGAGAAGAGCCACAUCGACCAGCGCAAGGGCGAGGACUUCACCUGCUUCUGGGCCGGCUGUGUGCGCCGCUACAAGCCCUUCAACGCCCGCUACAAGCUGCUCAUCCACAUGAGGGUGCACUCGGGCGAGAAGCCCAACAAGUGCAUGUUUGAAGGCUGCAGCAAGGCCUUCUCGCGGCUGGAGAACCUCAAGAUCCACCUGCGGAGCCACACGGGCGAGAAGCCAUACCUGUGCCAGCACCCAGGCUGUCAGAAGGCCUUCAGCAACUCCAGUGACCGUGCCAAGCACCAGCGUACCCACCUCGACACGAAGCCGUACGCCUGCCAGAUUCCUGGCUGCUCCAAGCGCUACACAGACCCCAGCUCCCUGCGCAAGCACGUGAAGGCCCAUUCAGCCAAAGAGCAGCAGGUGCGUAAGAAGCUGCACACGGGCCCUGACGCUGAGGCCGACGUCCUGAGCGAGUGUCUGGCCCUGCAGCAGCUCCACGCAUCCACACAGCUGGCUGCCAGCGACGGGAAGGGUGGCCGCGCCCUGGGCCAGGAACUGCUCCCAGGCAUGUAUCCUGGCUCCAUCACCCCCCAUAAUGGGCUGGCAUCAGGCAUCCUGCCCCCUAUGCACGACGUCCCUUCCAGGCACCACCCACUGGAUGCUACCACCAGUUCCCAGCACCAUCUGUCCCCUCUGCCCACGGCCGAGAGCACCAGGGAUGGGCUGGGACCCAGUCUCCUCUCGCCCAUGGUCAGCCCAGUGAAGGGGCUCGGGCCACUGCCGCUGCCACCGUCUUCCCAGAGCCAUUCUCCGGGGGGCCAGCCCUUCCCCACGCUCCCCAGCAAGCCACCCUAUCCUCCCUUCCAGAACCCUCCACCCCAGCCUCUGCCCAGCCCGCAAGGCUACCAAGGAAGUUUCCACUCCAUCCAGAAUUGCUUCCCCUACGGGGACUGCUACCGGUCAGCUGAACCUGCAGCCAGUGGGGACGGAUUGGCCGGGGAGGCCCAUGGUUUCAACCCUCUGCGGCCCAAUGGCUACCACAGCCUCAGUGCACCUUUAGCUGCCACAGGCUACGAGGCCCUGGCCGAGGCCCCGUGCCCCACGGCGCUGCCACCACAGCCAUCUGAAGAUGUUGUGUCCAGCGGCCCCGAGGACUGCGGCUUCUUCCCCAACGGGGCCUUCGACCACUGCCUGAGUCACAUCCCCUCCAUCUACACAGACACCUGAAGGCUGCUGCCCACCUCCACCGCAGACGCCACCUGCCCACCCGCCGUCUCUUCCCACCCUCCAGGCACCCAGCCCGAGCAGCAGGCCACUGUGCCCGGAGUGCAGGGUGCCGGGUCUGCGGCGGCUGCCAGCUCCGGCCGGGAUGGUCCUCUGAGCCCGAGCCGGGCGCUCGGAGGUGCCCGUCAGGAUCCGUGACCUGUGACAUCCCUUGACUGGGUCUUCCUUUCUCUCUCCAAUGGUUUUGAAAUCACAGACCUCGUGUAUAUAAAAUGUACAGAACUUGUGUUCCAGUCCCCUGCCAGUUUUAUAUGUUGGGUUUUACAAGAAAAGCAUUAAAAACUGGAAAUGAGA